UUGUUAAUCAAUCAAACUGGAGUCAUGAAGGUGUUGUUCGGUUGCUAUUUGACAAGUACAAAGAUGUCUCUGACCAGGGGCCAACGGCGGCUAACAGAGGUCACUAGUUUAGUCUGUCCCUUUAGUACCUUUUACAGUUAACUGUAAUGUCGCUUAGUUUAGGUUUGCUACCUUCUCGACGGCCGCGCAAGACGGAGAGAGCUGAAGCUAUAUUGGAUGUAGCUUAGCAGCUGCUAGCCGUCCGCUGUGAAAGGAAGCCAUUGUUUGAGUUGUUGGCUCAUCAUGGCAACGAAAGCGUCGCUAGCCUACUGCCCUUUCUUCGGACCUCGGGCCUUGUUCCUCCACACUGAGGCCAUCCUACAUGAUGUGUGGCAUUGUUGCGGCGAGUGAACAGUCCCCCUCUUUAUCAUCUUGGGUCAGCCUCUUCAAUUCACCAUCCUCCUAAAGUCUCUUUCCCAACCGGCCAAGAUGACUAACAGGAAGGAGCCACCUUUCUUCAACGACGACAGUGUGGGAACCUUUCAGUACAAGCUUCCCUUUUAUGACACUAUGGAGCUUUUCAUAGAGACCCUGACAGGGACUUGUUUUGAGCUGCGCGUGUUGCCCUUUGAAGCGGUCAUUUCAGUCAAAGCGAAGAUCCAGAGGCUGGAAGGUAUUCCUGUUGCCCAGCAGCAUCUUAUCUGGAACAACGUAGAGUUGGAUGAUGAUCACUGUCUACAUGAUUAUGGCAUUGCUGAGGGCUGCACAUUAAAACUUGUCUUAGCCAUGAGGGGAGGUCCAAUUAACACCAGAAGGGUUACUUUGGAGGAUCCUAUCAAGGAAGUGGCUGACCUCAUGGAGAGCACAAAGGAGGACAGUUGGGAGAAAAGUCUGACCAAUAAGCAGGUCACUUUUGUGGUUUAUCGAGAGGGUGACCAGUUAAACUUCUUCCGAGUGGUUGACAGAGGGGAUGGUACCUUAACCCCUCUAUCUGAAUCUUUGAGUGGCAGCUCGGUGCACAAUGCGUAUGCAGAGGAGGACGGAGACAGUUCUGCAGCUGCACAGCAGAACCUUGAGAACUCCAUCACCAUGACCAAAAUGAAGCUUCUCAAAGCCAAGAUGGAGGACAUGAACCUCAACAAAAAGAAGACUGCGAAGGCGAAGCCCUGGGCUCCUGUUAGCCCACAUCCCAGCAGCAGCUUCUUUGGACCUUCCAGCACACGGCACCAUCACCGCCUCUUCCGCUCCCUCUCACAGAUCAACCAGCCCUGGCAGACGAGCGCUCCACUACCUCCGAUUGUAGACAAUGAAUCUAUAGACCCUUCUCCUCCCCCCGCUGGGUCAACAUCUUCCCAUUUCAUGAUCCCGAGACGGUCUCCUUCGUUCCUGUCACCUUCUUGCUACAUGCUUCAGGAGGAGGAACCGUGGGAGACGUAUCCCCCCUUUGCAAAAAUCCUCCCUCCCCCUAAAGUGUCUCGAAUGGACGUAGGUAGUAAAUUGAUGAGAGACUGUGUUUAUCCUCAGCUUCCACCACUGUACAGCAGAGGCCCUCCUGAAGCCCCCUUUGACACAGCUGAGCCCUCAGGGGAGGUGGUCAGCCUGGGUUUAUUAGAAGAGCCUGUAGGGCUCGUGGCACCAACACAGCCCGGUGCAUCAUUCGGGGAACUGUCAGACCCUCUAAGACUUGAUGUUUCAAUCCAGCAUGAGGGGGGUUGUCAGCCCAUUGAUGUCGGGGCUCAGCACCAGCUGCCACACUCCCCCUCUCCAAUAAGUCCCUGGACACUUGGCACAAGUGAUGCGCUCACCAGCAGAGCUGACGAAACACAGCUUGGCACAUCCGUUCAUAUCAGCCCUCCUCCUCCAUUAACCGCGUCCACCUCCCCGUCAGCUUCAACCAGACUGCUGUCUCAGCCUUUUGAUUCCCCACUUUUACUGUCUAACCUACAAGCACAAUCCUCAGUGAAGCCAGGCAGCACAUCCCCGCACCCGCCAGCCACCAUGUCGUCUCAUCAGACACGCCGUCGAGGCGUUAAAGUGGAGUCACCAGGUAAACGACCAGAGCUCCUCUGUAAGAGAGAAGCGAGAGGUAUCACGAAGAUAGUAAACCAGGCCUGUAAGGAGCCACUGGGGUCUCUGAACAACUCUGAGCUCUUGGCUUCUCUCUCCACAAGAGCUCCAGACAGCAGCAGCAGGGACAGCCUUGGAGAGAGUCUGGGAUUUGCACUGACGUUGCCUCCUGCUGCCGCUGCCUCUGCCUCAGGACAGGGCAGCCUCGGCUCCAGGCUGCCAUCCAUUUCUCCUAAUAAGUUUCUUCAGGAUGAUCCCAUCCGACAAAUGUCACCGUUGCGUCGAACAGUACCAUCUUACAGGACCAGCAACUGUCUUGCAUCGUCUGGGGGAGUCGUGACUUCUUCAUUUGGGGCUAUAGGCACUCCAACGUACCACCUACCUCCAGUCAAAGCCCUCUCUGGCACCAAGAAAAAAAGCUCAAAGCACUGCUUCCUUUGUGGCAAAAAGACUGGGCUGGCCACCAGCUACGAGUGCAGGUGUGGUCACAACUUCUGCGCCGCCCACCGUUACGCCGAGACACACAGCUGCACUUACGACUACAAGACUGCUGGGCGUCGGUUUCUGCAGGAGACCAACCCUCUUAUCAGCGCUCCUAAGCUGCCUAAGAUCUAGACCCGACAAGCCUCGACGACCGCACGGGGCGAACUGAACAAUAACAAGUUCAACUAACCCAACGGAAAUAAGGUUCUGACAUCCUACACCACUGUGUGCUUUUAAAAAUGGAAAAAAAUAAAAUAAAAUAGCCAAGUUUGCUUAAAAUUUCAAGAAAUAUUCUGUAAAAUUAAGUGUGAGCAAAUGUCCCUUGUACUUAAUUUGGUCUGUUUUUGUAUUUAAAACAACUUUGCAUGUAUGUAGGUAGGUUUUACUAAAUAUAUUUGCUGCACGUUUUUUUGUUUUGUUUUGUUUUUUUAAUAGGAUUGCUGUUGACUUUGUUUGACAAGUCUUUUAACAGAUGCACUUUAGAACUAUAUUUAUACAUCCUAACAUCACUUGUUGACUGUAAAGGCUGAAUACAUUUCUGUGCUCAUCUAUUAAAGUGUUGAUAUUAUCCAGAUUUUUUAUAUUCUGUGCAUUUAAAUGCCGUUCCUUAACUGGGCACAUACGCACCAACAUCGCAGAUGACGUUUUCCCUUUGACAAAACUGUUCUCCCAUUUAUUGAUAAAAUGCUUCAUAUUUAUUAAUAACACAAUUUAUUUAAAUUAAAGGUUGGUUUUUGAAAUAAUGAGUAUGCAAUGUGUGUACGUGUGAAUGUCAGUACUGUGUCCAGUUAUUGAUUAAACUGUAUUAGGACUGAGGGGGUGGGUUAUGGUUAUGGUAUUAUGUGUCUACAAUAAGGCGGCUGCCAUAAAAAAUAACUUUUUUUUAAUCUUUUAAUAUUAUAUUUGCUCAAUUGUUGCAAAAAAAACCUAAAUGCUGGUUACGUAUUUACAGGGGUUUAUCUAAUAAAGUUUCUUUCCAUACAUGUGUUUUCUGGUCUAACUUUUACACUUGUCUAAAAUUAGGCUUCUAACUGAACAUUUUUGAGUUGAUGUUAUUGGAAAUUGCUGAUUUCAUCUUUUUACAGAAAGCAGUGUAAUUUCUUCUGAUUUGAAGUGUCCUCGAGGCUUGCUGUUUCUGUUCCUCAUUACAGGCACUUGGAAUAUUUGAUCUACGCCACUUCGCACUCUUACGAGUUUUCCUUGAACUGCUGUGAUGGGAAAUAGUUUCUGCUCUGUCAUUUGCUUAGUUUUUCAUAUUAAAUUGCCUUUUUUUAAAA